UCGAGCUUCCGGGCUGUUCGCACUUUAUAUGCGCUAACCUAAGUGACCCAAGAAAUCCCAGACGUGUCAGUCUCAGUCAUGGACCAGUUGCACCUUUACGCGUGGAUCGAUAUAAAGAGUAUUUUGAUAUUUUCGUGUGUGUUUUUAUUGCUGAGUGAUUAUUUUAGAAACAAAUCGCCGAAGAACUUUCCUCCUGGACCAUGGUCUUUGCCGAUUAUAGGAGACCUUCAUCACAUCGACAAUACUAGGAUUCAUCUUCAGUUCUCAGAGUUUGCAGAAAAAUAUGGCAAGAUUUUCAGCCUUAGAAUUCUUGGUCCAAGAAUUGUUGUGUUGGAUGGAUAUAAACUUGUGAAGGAAGUGUAUUUACAACAGGGUGACAACCUCGCUGACCGACCCGUGUUACCUUUAUUUUAUGAGAUAGUUGGAGACAAAGGUUUAGUUGGUGCCAAUGGGUAUAAGUGGAAGCAACAGAGGAGAUUUGCACUCUCAACUCUUCGGAACUUCGGACUGGGAAAGAAAAGCCUGGAGCCAUCCAUCAGUGUUGAAUGUUGCUUUCUGAAUGAGGCUAUUUCAAAUGAGCAAGGUCGAUCAUUUGACCCUCGUUUACUUCUGAACAACGCCGUCUCAAAUGUGAUCUGUGUGCUUGUGUUUGGUAAUCGAUUUGAGUACAGUGACAAUGACUUCCAGAAUCUGUUGAAGAACAUCAAUGAGGCUGUGUAUCUGGAAGGAGGCAUCUGUGCUCAACUGUAUAACAUGUUUCCAUGGCUCAUGCGGCUACUCCCUGGACCACACAAGAAAAUUCUUGCUCUGUGGCAUAUGGUGAUUGACUUUGUUCGAGAGAAGGUGAAUGCACACAGAGUGGAUUAUGAUCCAUCAAAUCCUCGAGACUACAUUGACUGCUUCCUUGCUGAGAUGGAAAAACUUAAAGAUGACACAGAGGCUGGGUUUGAUGUGGAGAACUUGUGCAUCUGUGCUCUGGAUCUGUUUGUAGCAGGAACUGAGACCACCUCCACUACUCUGUACUGGGGUCUUCUCUACAUGAUAAAAUAUCCUGAGAUUCAGGCAAAAGUUCAGGAGGAGAUUGAUCGUGUUGUGGGAGGGUCACGGCAGCCAUCUUUAUCAGACAAAGACAACAUGCCCUACACCAAUGCAGUCAUUCAUGAGAUACAGAGGAUUGGAAAUAUUGUUCCAAUAAAUGUAGUCCGGGCUACUGUGGAAGACACUCAGAUAGGACAAUACUCCAUUCCAAAGGGCACAAUAGUGACUGGCAGUUUGACAUCAGUGCUGUUUGAUGAGUCUGAGUGGGAGACACCUCACUCUUUUAACCCGGGUCACUUCCUGGAUGUUGAGGGCAAAUUCAAGAGAAGAGAUGCCUUUUUACCUUUUUCUCUAGGAAAGAGAGUGUGUCUUGGGGAGCAACUGGCACGAAUGGAGUUGUUCCUCUUUUUCUCCUCUCUGCUGCAGCGCUUCAAUUUCUCUUCACCAGCAGGUGUAGAGCCCAGCUUGAAUUUUAAACUUGGGGUCACUCACUGUCCCCAACCAUAUGUAUUAUGUGCAGUGCCACGUUAAAACACAUAUCAUUUUAUAAAAUUAUUUCACUAAUCGAAAAACAUAUAUAUGUUUAUAAAAAAAGAUGAUAAUGCAUUUUAGUUGGCUGGUUGGAUACAGACUGGUCGUUGAUUGGUUUUAUUGUUAAUUAGUGGUUCAAAAAGUGGUUUAUUUUUAUAAUAAAAAUAAAUAUAUGAUAUAAAAUUAUUUCUAUAAAUAAUGGUGGUAGUAAUGUGUUAAUGAUUAAGUCAUCGAGUCAUUUAUUCAUUCGUUUGAUUUGGUUUAAUAACUGAUUUAUUCAGGAGUGAAGUAAAUGGUUCUUUAUGAAUGGUUCAUUGAAUCAUUAGGCUUGUUCGACUUGUUCGAGCGGAUUAUCACAAUCAGACCGAUCGGUGUGUGACAUCAAAGAACGACAAGAGCUUAGAGAGCAGACGAGUCCUUGUGCUUUUUUAAUCAUUCUUGCGGUACUUUGAUGUCAUUCACCGAUCGGUCUGUGCAGCUUCACUUCAAAUCCAACGCGACUUUGGCCAAUGGUUCAACACGUCAAAUGGUUUACCAAAUUCAUUCAAAACGUGGAAUAAGAAAUGAAAUGCCACUUUGGGUUGCUCGGGGAUGAACAGUUCUAAUGUGUCUUUAUAUUUAGGUUGGCAAAAUUGAGUAAAACAGACAACAUUGUGUCUAAAGUAACACAAUAUUAACUUCUUAAUGAACUGAGUAUCACAUUUGUACUUGUGUUAUAUCUGUUAUACCUUGUGUUAUAUGUCUCAUUGACUGCCAAGUAAAUUACACUGUCAAGGUCCAGAAAAUUAUGAAAGACAUUGUCAGAAUAGUCCAUCUGCCAUCAGUGGUUCAACCUGAACAUUAUGAAGCGUUGAGAAUACUUUUUGUACCGAAUAACAAAUUGAUUCACCAAUUCCUCUCCUCCAUGUCUCUCCACAUCACCGUAGCUCCAUUUUUGAGAAUAUCCGCUGGACGCAAGCAACGUAAGCACUUCUGUAUUCAUCUGUUUCUCUGUUCCACUGUUUCUCCAUCGGAUUGUUUUUCCAUCAGGGCUCCUAUGUCUAUUUUGUUUAGUCUUUUUAUACUGUGUACUUUUGGUUAAAAAUAAAUGUAGUGCAGUUGAAUACUUAAAAGUUUUAUUUUACUCAA